AAGUAACGAGUUUCACCGCUACGAGCCUCCACUAUUUUCAGUAAAAAUUCGCACAUAUAAAAUUCAAAAAUAGGUUAGAUUUCUUGUUCUAACAUCUCAUGAUCUAAUAUCAGGUUAGAAGAUCCUCAUACUGUAGUUCAGACGUUCUUUUCAAGUUUUCGAAUUCUUCGAUUCAGCAAUAUUUCGUGAUCUUUGCAGACGAUGUUUCCGCGCCGUUCAGUCGGUCCGCACGUUGUACGUUUCUCGCACGUGUGAAGAACACUAGUCAAAAUUUUAUUAGGAGAAUAUUGUUACAAUUUUAUGAAUAAGACUGUUCAAAAUGCCAUAUAUGGACUCAAGAGUGACUGAUCCUUUUGAGAUCAUUGUGGGGACAUAUGAGCAAUAUUUGCUUGGUUACAAAGUACAGAAUAUUGUAAAUGAAUACAAAGUGGAGAAAAGUUUUGCAACACACAGUCAUGUGGCAAGUAUACGCAGUGUUACUAGCAGUAAAAAUUAUUUAGCUUCUGCUGGAGCUGAUGAUAUAGUAUGCCUAUAUGAUCUACGCAAUAGGAAAGAAACUGGCAAAUUGAUGUUUCACAAUGAUACUAUUAAUUGCUUGGCAUUUACUCCAGAAGCAUCACAUCUCUUCACAUGUAGUAAUGAUGGAAGUAUAGCAGCUGUCCGUUGUGGUAAUUGGCAAAUAGAAAAACAUUGGCAGAAAGCACACAAAGGUUUAGCUGUUAAUACUCUAGCUAUACAUCCUACAGGGAAAUUGGCUCUGUCUACUGGAAUGGAUGGUGCUCUGAGAACUUGGAAUCUUGUUAAGGGCAGACAAGCCUAUGCUAUCAAUUUAAUACCAAGAAUGAAAUACAAUGCUAAGAACAUAACAAUUAUCCGGUGGAAUCCAAAUGGCGAUAAAUAUCUAUUAGCUAUUAAUCAGGAGAUAUAUGUAUAUUUUGUAGAAACUGCUGGAGUGCACAGUGAAUUCACAUUCGAGUCAAAGAUUGUUUGUGUAGAAUUCUUAAAUGACAAUAUGAUCGCGGCCGGUUUCGAAAACGGACAAAUCAAAUUCUGUGAUCUCAGAACUAAGAGUCCAACAUUGGAGAUGACAGCACAUGACAUUAGGGUAAAAUGUAUUGCAAACAUAAAUAACUUAUUGGUCAGUGCCUCCAGUUCCGGAGAGAUUAAACUUUGGAAAUACAGCGAACAUAACUUGAAUAUGUUGCAAAGUGUUAAUUGCGGCGCCAGAAUCACUUGUCUCGCACUAGCACUAACUUAUGGGAAUUUAGUGCAGCCGAAACAAGAGGAAUUAGAGAAGGAAAAGAAAGUAAAGAAGGAAAGUACUCUGAGAUUAAAACAGGAAGUUAUUAUCGAGGACGAAGGUGAAACGGAAGUCGUAGAUAUCGCGAGUCCUAAAAUAAAGACAAAGCAUAAAAACAAAAGAGUUAUAGAAAAUUUAGAAGAUGAUGUCCAAGACUUGAAGAAGAAAGCUUCAAAAUCGAAAGAGAUUGUAAUUACAAAAAAGAAGAAAAGAAAGAGGGACAAAUCGUUCGAGAAAGAAGAGGAUGUCAUAGAUAAACCGAGGAAGAAGAUGCUAUUAAAAACAAACGAGCCGAAAAUUUCUAAUAAAAAGCGGCAAAAGGAUAAUACUGUUUCAGAGGAUAUUUUUCCAACGAAGAAGGUCAAGAAGACCAAUAUAAUGGAACAAUUGCCUACCAGUUGCAUAAAACGCAAAGAAAAAUUAUCAAUGACUAUGGACACUCUCUCUGAAGAUGGUCCACCCAGAAAGAAAAGAAAGAAAAAGAUAUUUUCUCAAGAAGAGGUCGUGCCGAAAAAUAAAAGGAAAGGACAUACACACACAAUGAAGAAAAUUAGAAAAAUUAAGAUCAAUUAAGAGAGCAAUCUCUUUAUAAAAAGUA